GAUACAACAACAAUAACAGCUACAACAGCAGAUACAACAACAGUAACAGCUACAACAGCAGAUACAACAACAACAACAAGAGCUACAACAGCAGCAACAACAGCAGAUACAACAACAACAGCUACAACAACACUUUCACGUCAGCAACAGUGGUAGCAAUUGAAACAGGCGGAGAUGGGCCGACCAAGCCGCGACGCUGACGAUGCUGGCUCUGCCAACAACUUCAGGGUGUGCGUGCGCAUCCGACCAGAGAACGAGGAAGAGAAGACGGGCACAUUCAAGCAAGUGGUCCAAGUCCUCGACGAGCAGAUGCUCGUGUUUGAUCCAAAGACGGACAACACGCCAAGUUUCUUGGGUGCACCGCGCCGGCGUCAUCCCCGCUUCCUUCGACGACGCGCCAGGGACGUGAAGUUUGUGUUUGACCAAGUGUUCGACGCCGACGCUUCCCAAGACGACGUCUUCCAGAGCACCACAAAACCGAUCAUCGAUGGGGUGUUGGAUGGAUACAAUGCUUCCGUCUUCUGCUAUGGCGCCACCGGUGCUGGCAAGACUCACACCAUGCUCGGACACAACAAGGCACCUGGCGUGAUUGUGCUGACGGUGCAAGAACUGUUCAAGCGCAUUCGCGAGCGCCAGGACGACAUCUCGUGCAACGUGGCGGUGUCAUAUCUGGAGGUGUACAACGAGCGCAUCAGGGAUUUGCUCAAGCCAAGCUCGGGCGAGCUCAGGCUAAGGGAAGACAGAAAAGGCGUUGUUGUUGCCGGCCUGUCGGUCCACGAACCAAAAGACGCAUCCUCUCUGCUGCGGUUGCUGGAGCGUGGAAACGAGAACAGGACACAACAUCCGACGGACGCAAACGCAACAUCAUCGCGCUCGCACGCUGUCUUCAUUGUCCACGUACACCAGACGCCAAAGGGCGCAGGCAUCAAGGCGGAUGUGAGCGUUGCCAAGAUGAUGCUGAUUGAUCUCGCUGGUUCAGAGAGGGCCACAGCGACACGAAACCGUGGACAGCGCAUGCGUGAGGGCGCGAACAUCAACAAGUCGCUUCUUGCUCUCGGCAACUGCAUCAACGCCCUCGCUUCCGGCAAGAAGAAGUCGUGCCACAUUCCGUAUCGCAACUCAAAUCUCACCCGUAUCCUAAAGGACUCACUUGGCGGCAACUGCAGAACUGUCAUGAUCGCAAACUGCUCCCCUUCAAGUCGCAGUUUUGAAGACACGUACAACACGCUCAACUACGCAAACCGCGCGAAGAACAUCAAGGUGACACUGCGGAAGAACGUGGUGAACGUCGACUUCCACGUGACGCGAUACAAGAAGAUUGUGGAGAGCCUGCAGUCGGAGCUCACGUCCAUCAAGACAAAGCUGCGGAAGACGCAGCAAGCGCUGGAGGAGGCGCGAAAAGUGAAACCGCCACCGUCACCAGCGCCGGCCCUGCAGGAGGAUGUGCUGUCACGUGGCAUGAAGUCCCUCGUGCCCAUGUUCCAGACACGACGCAAGAUCAUCCAACAGAUUACCCGGGCAGAGGCGGCGUCGCGUGCGAGAGAGGCGGACAUUCGCAAGGCGAAACGCGAGGCGAAGAGGGGCGACUGGCUCCGGCACCACGGGCUCACCUCCGUCGAUCCACAGCCGCAUGUGGAGCGCGCCAACGCUGAUGUUGUUCGCAGCUCCGAUGAGAAGCUCAAGUCGGAUGCCGACCUGAAGGUCCUUGGCGAGAAGCUGGUUCGUAACACAAAGGAAAACGCUGUGUGGCAGGCGGGCAUUGAGAAGACAGUUGGCACGGGGCUGGAGCUAAAGAUGCUCAAGUACAUCUACCAGUGCCACGCCAUGCAGUGCGAGAACAUUGGGCUGAAGAUGCGGGUGGACGGUCUUCACAACGAACUCCGCCACGAAAUCAAAGAGAAUGCGCGCGCAGACCGCGUUGUCACCGUCCUCAUGAAGGCUUGCGCCCGGAUGCGCGCGCGCUUGACGGAUGUCGGUGCGGAGGAAGACAAGGAGCUACUCGAAUCUGCGGACAACGCUCUCAACCUCGCCCUCUCCGGCAAGGAGGUGGCGUGGCCUGAUCGCCAGUCGCUUGAAUCCAAGAACGAGCUCAUCCAGGGAACGCCAGACAAGCUACACACGCCCAUGAAGGCGCUCUCUGCAAAGCGCGCACCUAUGCGCUCUGUGAACAAGACGUACACAACACAAGGCAGAACGGACGCACAAGCUGCAGAGGCAUCCGUCAAGAGCAGCGAGGGAACAGCGACGCAGCCGUGCACACCAAUGGAGACAACACGCGACUCGAGCGCCCGCCCAUCGCGGCGCCGCAACCCGCGGUACAUGUCAGACCUGUCGACGCCCGACAAGUGGGAUGAGCAGCAGGAUGCAAAGCAGAGCACUGCACCGGGCACGAAGCGGCUGUCAAGCACCCCACUUGCAGACGGCAACCAGGACCUGCCUGCCGCACUGCAUUCACCAGAUCAGAGCGCCAUUCUGCCCGCGUCCACGCGCAAUGCGCGGAGAAAAGAGGCGCUGCACGAGGUGAGGACGUCACUCAACCUCACCUUUGACAUGUCUGGGGACGAGCAAUCAAGCAGCGACGACAACAGCUCGCACAAGGAGAACGAAGACACCACAUCGGGCAACAACCCGGAUGCAACAAAGACGGUUGUUGACUCGCAGAGCGCAGUGCGUACGCCAGCCAAGGCGUCAUCACACCGGCCCCUCAUUCGCCCCUCUCGUUCCGCUAAGAAGGAGAAGCAGAACGUCGUCUCCAAAUAUCAACGCAUGACCGCCGUCAGUCGCGGCGCCAGCAGCAAGAAUGCCAACGUUCGCAGCGAGCGACCCCGCGCCCUUGCCAUGCGCAAUGGUGACAAGCAGUCCAGAUGGGCAAAGGGGCGCCAGAAUCGUGCAGACACGAAGACCACACACAAGCUUGAAGGCACAAGGACCAGCAGGUCAAAGAGCGUGACGUCCUCUCGUGACCGCCAUGUGCCCACUGGUGCCGCAGAAUACCCAUGAUGCGCAAGGCGCCACACACACACACACACACACAC